AUGUUUUCGUUCCUCGGAUUUCCGACCAAGACCAAUGUCAGUCAUCACAGUAAUCUACCAACAGAUGAUGAAAGGAGGACGACCGGGGAAGACUGUUCUGAAGCCCCGCCUAUGUUUCCAGCCCAGAACUCGAUCCAAAGAGCUACCACUUCCACCUCCACUGCCACCAAACAUUCUCCAGCAGGAACCAAUAAUCAUCCGAUCUUGAGAAUCGACUCCCCCGAGGACGACGACGAGAAUGACCCGCAGGAGGAUGAUGACGAUCACUCAGAUAUUCAUGAGCUCGACAUCGAUAAUCUCGCUCUGCCCCAUUCCACUCUCAAGAAACCUGUCAAACCGCGUAAGAAGGUUCAAUUGAUGCCCGGGUUCAGUCAGCUGGAUUGGGCUAAACUCAAAUCUAGUGGGGCUAACUUGAGAGGAGAAGACGUGACGAGCAUACGCAGGAUAACGAGGAGCGAAUUGGCCGAACACAGGUCGAAGGAAGAUGCAUGGUCUAGUUUCAACGGAAAAGUGUACAACAUCACGCCCUAUCUCAAUUACCAUCCGGGAGGCGUGCGAGAGUUGAUGAGAGUUGCAGGAAAGGACGGGACUGAGCUGUUCAUGAAAACGCACGCUUGGAUCAGUGUGGAUGGGAUGUUGGACUCUUGUUUAGUCGGCUUUCUCGUCAAUGAUUAG